GUUGUCGCUCUGCAGGCUGCGGAACGCACAUUCGGCUGGACGCGCUUGAGGUGACAGCAGCUCCUCCCUGAGAGCUUCGGGUUCUCAGGCUUGCCUUCACUCUCUUGUGCCCAGAGUCGGACUUGACUCUUUCUAUUUGCUUUGCAUGUGCACCAGAAUCAGUGCUGCAUAGUUUGACUCAGCCUGAUAGGAUUGGCCUUACAAAUGAGACAUUUAAUUCACAUCUGCCAAGAAGUAUGAUUUGAAUGAAACUUUAAGUUCUUCCAAGUUUUUAGUUUUAUUUAACCUAAGUUAUCAGCUGUCUGAAGUUACUGGUAACCUGAGGGGUGCAUCGCCCUGAAGGGAGAAAUGAAAACAGCUGAUCAUUUUUAAAUGCUCUGAGAACUCACUACUCUAUAAUCAGACCUGUAAAUCAUUCAUUGCUGGCAGCCCCAAAGGGAGGAUUAAACCAGGGACUUUACUAUCAUGCAGCAGAAGACCAGAUUAUUUCUCCAAGCUUUGAAGUUUAGUAUUCCUCACCUUGGGAAAUGCAUGCAGAGACAGCAGUUCAAUCACUGUCACUUCGCUGAUCAUUAUUACAAUAGAAUAAAAUUGAAAAAAUAUCACCUAACCAUGUGUCUUCAGAAUAAACCCAAGAUAUCAGAGUUAGCAAGCAACAUCCCAAGUCGGAGCUUCUCACAAAAGGAUCUUCUGCCUGUUAAACAAGAAAACGAAAAAUCUCUCCCAGAAAACAUGGAUGCCUUUGAAAAAGUGAGAGCAAAAUUGGAAACACAACCACAAGAAGAAUAUGAAAUCAUCAAUGCAGAGAUUAAACAUGGUGGUUUCGUUUAUUAUCAAGAAGGUUGCUGUUUGGUUCGUUCCAAAGAUGAAGAAGCAGACAAUGAUAAUUAUGAAGUUUUAUUCAAUUUGGAGAAACUUAAAUUAGACCAGCCCUUCAUUGAUUGUAUCAGAGUUGCUCCGGAUGAAAAAUAUGUGGCUGCCAAGAUAAGAACCGAGGAUUCUGAAGCAUCUACCUGUGUAGUUGUGAAGCUCUGUGAUCAACCUGUAAUGGAGGCUUCUUUUCCAAAUGUGUCUAGUUUUGAAUGGGUAAAGGAUGAAGAAGAUGAAGAUGUUUUGUUCUACACCUUCCAGAGGAACCUUCGCUGUCAUGACGUAUAUCGAGCAACUUUUGGUGAUAACAAACGUAAUGAACGUUUUUACACAGAAAAAGACCCAAGCUUCUUUGUUUUCCUUUAUCUUACGAAAGACAGUCGUUUCCUCACCAUAAAUAUUAUGAACAAGACCACUUCUGAAGUGUGGUUGAUAGAUGGCUCGAGCCCUUGGGAUCCACCAGUACUUAUCCAGAAGCGAAUACAUGGUGUUCUUUACUAUGUUGAACACAGAGAUGAUGAAUUAUACAUCCUCACUAAUGUUGGAGAGCCUACAGAGUUUAAGCUAAUGAGAACAGCAGAUGAUGCUCCUGCAAUUAUGAAUUGGGAUUUAUUUUUCACAAUGAAGAGAAAUACCAAAGUUGUAGACUUGGACAUGUUUAAGGAUCACUGUGUUCUGUUCCUGAAGCAUAGCAAUCUUCUUUAUGUUAAUGUGAUUGGUCUGGCUGAUGACUCAGUUCGAUCUCUAAAGCUCCCUCCCUGGGCCUGUGGAUUCAUAAUGGACACAAGUUCUGACCCAAAGAACUGCCCCUUUCAGCUUUGCUCUCCAAUACGCCCCCCAAAAUAUUACACCUACAAGUUUGCAGAGGGCAAACUGUUUGAGGAAACUGGGCAUGAAGACCCAAUCAUAAAGACUAGUCGUGUUUUACGUCUGGAAGCUAAAAGCAAGGAUGGAAAAUUAGUGCCAAUGACUGUUUUCCACAAAACGGACUCUGAGCACUUGCAGAAGAAACCUCUCUUGGUACAUGUAUAUGGAGCUUAUGGGAUAGAUUUGAAAAUGAAUUUCAGACCUGAGAGGCGGAUAUUGGUGGAUGAUGGAUGGAUAUUAGCAUAUUGCCAUGUUCGGGGAGGUGGUGAGUUAGGCCUCCAGUGGCACACUGAUGGCUGUCUAACUAAAAAACUCAAUGGCCUUGCUGACUUAGAGGCUUGCAUUAAGACGCUUCAUGACCAAGGCUUUUCUCAGCCAUGUUUAACAACACUGACUGCUUUCAGUGCUGGAGGGGUGCUUGCUGGAGCAUUGUGUAAUUCUAAUCCAGAGCUCCUGAGAGCAGUGACUUUGGAGGCACCUUUCUUGGAUGUUCUCAACACCAUGAUGGACACUACGCUCCCUCUGACAUUAGAAGAAUUAGAAGAAUGGGGGAAUCCUUCAUCUGAUGAAAAACACAAGAAAUACAUAAAACGUUACUGUCCCUAUCAAAAUAUUAAACCUCAGCAUUAUCCUUCAGUCCACAUAACAGCUUAUGAAAAUGAUGAGCGUGUACCUCUGAAAGGAAUUGUAAACUACACUGAGAAACUCAAGAAAGCUGUCAUGAAUCAUACUAAGAACACAGGUGAAGGCUAUCAGGCCCCCAAUAUUAUUUUAGAUAUUCAGCCUGGAGGCAAUCACGUUAUUGAGGAUUCUCAAAAAAAGAUCACAGCCCAAAUUAAAUUCCUAUAUGAAGAACUUGGACUUGACAGCACCACUGUUUUUGAGAAUCUUAAGAAAUAUCUAAAAUUCUGAAAUGGUACAUUCAACUGGGAAUUGGAAAUACUGAAAUAAUUCAUAGUCUGCUUUCCAAUUGAGUUAGCAAAAGUCAGGUUUUCAGAUAACUAAUGUUUUUAAAUGUGCUUCUCCAUCUAAAAUUUUGCUUAGUCUACAUC